UCCGCCCGGAGAGGGCGGCGGGGUAGUGGACCAAGUCCCGGGUACCAUCUCGCUGCCUCGACUCUCUGGGACGCUGACAGGCGCGAAACAUGAGUGACUCCGCGGGAGAGAGCGCUCGCCUCCGUCGCUACCCGGAGCUCCCGGUGUGGGUGGUGGAGGAUCACCAGGAGGUUCUUCCUUUUAUAUACCGGGCCAUAGGCUCCAAGCAUCUUCCUGCCAGUAACAUACAUUUUUUACAUUUCGAUUCACAUCCAGACCUCCUCAUUCCUGUGAAUAUGCCAGCAGACACCGUGUUUGAAAAGGAAACACUCUUUGGAGAAUUAAGUAUUGAAAAUUGGAUUAUGCCUGCAGUGUAUGCUGGCCAUUUUUCUCAUGUAGUGUGGUUUCAUCCUACAUGGGCUCAGCAAAUCAGAGAGGGCAAACACCACUUUUUAGUAGGCAAAGACACGUCUACCACAACAAUCAGGGUUACAAGUACAGAUUAUUACUUCCUAAGCGAUGGUCUUUAUGUACCAGAAGACCAGCUGGAGAACCAAAAACCUUUACAAUUGGAUGUAAUUACGGUAAAACCUUAUAAACUCUGUAAUAAUCCAAAAGAAAAUGCUGCGGUGUCUUCUGCUAAGAAGCCAAAACUAGUACUGGAAGAUCCUGAAAACACUGCUUCUACUAACUGUGACUCUUAUUCAGAAGGACUGGAAAAGGACACAGUGACACAGAGAAGUGACAAAACUUGCCUAGAGCCAUCACAUUUAUGUUCUUCCGAAAGUCACGAGUGCCCGACUGUAGCCAGCACCAGGGAAAUUCUGGAAAUGCUGAAGAAAGGGGAUGCGUUUGUUCUAGAUAUUGACUUGGAUUUUUUUUCAGUCAAGAAUCCCUUCAAAGAAAUGUUCACUCAGGAGGAAUACAAAAUCUUACAAGACCUAUACCAAUUUAGAAAGCCUGGUACCAACCUAACAGAGGAAGAAUUAGUAGACAUUGUUGAUACUCGAGUUCAUCAAUUAGAAGAUUUAGAGGCAACUUUUGCUGAUUUAUGUGAUGGUGAUGAUGAAGAAACUGUGCAGAGAUGGGCUAAAAAUCCUAGAAUGGAAUCACUAGUUCCACUUGUACAGAGUUUGAAAAAACGGAUGGAAGUGCCAGACUAUGAAAUGGUUCACCAAGCUGGUCUAACCUGUGAUUAUUCAGAACUUCCUCACCAUAUCAGCACAGACCAAGAAAUUGAUCAUCUUAUUCAGUCUGUAUAUUAUGUACUAAAAAAUUUACCAAAACCUACUCUUGUAACAAUUGCAAGGUCAAGUUUGGAUGAUUACUGUCCUUCUGAGCAAGUUGACACCAUUCAAGAAAAGGUCCUUAAUGUGCUACGUUCCCUCUAUGGGACUCUGGACAUCCACCUGGUGUAUUCAGAAGAGUCUUCUCCAUCUUGAAACAAACUAAACACUGGCUCCUGUCACAUUGUAGUGUGAUAACAGGGUUUUCAUUAACUUUUAUGUAAAUGAGUCUUCCAGAAAACACUUUUUAUGUUAACCUUCAGUUGAAAUCUUUCAGACAUUUAGAAAUCCAGACAUCCAAACAGCUAUUAUCAAUUGUUGAAUAAUGGCAAUAUUUUUGGCAUUGAAUCUACUUCCCCCAGUUGGUGGAAUUAUUGCUUAUCUUUCUUCCCUUCCAAUAUUGUCUUUAUUUAGCUGCUUAUUUAUGUUUUUAUUCAUCCUGUGAGCAAGAGAGAGAGCUCAGUAGCACUCCCAACAGGGUUCUAGCUCCACGUUCCAUGCCCAGCCUUUAUCUAGGCCUGGUUUAUGGGAAGUGUGUGCCCAGUGUACUCAGGGAGGUCUCUGCACUUGAACUGGGAACCUUCUCGUGUGGUAUUACCUCACAGAGCUCCACUUACUUUUUAAGUCUUUUUUUUUUUAAAGAAUUAUUUAAUUUUAUUUGUUUUUUUUUUUUAUUUUGACCAGAGGAAAAGUGAGAGAGCAAGCUGCCAGGUCCAUAUGGCUUGAACCAUAGUCAGCCAUAAGGAAGUCAUUUUACCACUGUGUUUCUGUUUUGUCCCCAUUGUCUUUAUUUUUGUUAAGGUUUUUCUCCCUUCUUCCUCCCCUAGGUUAAUUAAAUUGCACGAGAUUCAUUCGUACAUUAUUUAUUCAACCAACUAAUAAUUAACAUUUACAUGUACCAGACAUUAUUAAAUGCUGAGUAUAGUAAUAAACAUAAUAUACAAGGGCUCUCGAAGAAAAUAGAUUAAAAAAACUUAUGUGGAAAGUGUGGUGAAGGAAAGACAGAUAAAAAAGGAAUUUGGGGGAAGACAGAUAAAAAAGAAUUUAUGUGGAAAGUGUGAUGCAGGAAAGGAAAAACACAAACAUGUCUUAGGCAUGUUUUUUAAAUUCAGGGCAUCCUGGCCUUAUAGGAAAGUAACAUUCCUAAAAGCUCCUACCAAAAUAAAACAAACACCUGGCUGGUCCGUGAAGAUGUUGCAGGAAGUCUAUUUCCAAGGGUUUUGGGACUUGGCUGGACUCUUGCCCGGGGCGUUCUAGCAUUCUUUGUAAUAAAGAGAUCUAGUUGAAUAAACCUGACCAAAUACAAAUUAACUUUUUUUUUUUCUAAUCAGAAAAGCUCUUCAGGAUUUUUUGUGCUUCUGGUAGCCAUUUUGAGCAUCAAUUAUUGGGUUGUCAGAGAAGUCAUGACAUGUUUUUCUAUGCAGAAUUGAGUCAUGACUUUUCCAAUAACCCAGUAUCAUUAUAGUUUCUAAAUGCCACUUUAUUGGCAGUCUGGGUUGACAAUUUUUUCAAACAAGCCUCUUUUGGUGUAAGUAGUAGAGAAAAAAUCUUUAAUUCUGACCUCCCAAAGAUAUCCAAGAAAAUCACUGUCUUCCACCACCCCUCCUGAGUCAGUCUUAAUUAUGAAACUUUUCAUUUUAUCACUUUCCAAAGUCUUACCUUAUUCAAUAUCCCAUUUAAUUAUUUUAACUACCUAGUUGAUAUCUUUUUCUUUUAGAGAUAAGAUAGCAUUUAUAGAAAACACACACCGUCAGUUCUCAGCCCUAAUAGCAGUUGUUUUCAUUUUUGUAUGUAACUUAUGACCUAUUCAAAUGCAUACCCAAUCCAUAUAGCCAAGAUUGUUUUAUUCUCUAACUUUACAGCUAAUACCCGAAGACACACUACCAUUGUCACUGAGUAGAUAGCAUCAGACCUCAUUUUUCCAAAGAUUCUAUUCUCCAUUGAAUUCUUCCUGUCACUAACUUUGAUUUCCGAAGUCUGACAGUAUGAGUGCCUAUUUGUAUUUAAGAAACAAAGCAAACUGAUUUAGCUAUCCAUUUUGAUGAAACGUGCCAAAAAUAUUUAUGUUCACAUUCUCAGUAAAAUGAGAAUUGUAAAAUUGCGCUAUUUAUUUCUUUUUAGAGUUUGAAAAUUUUCUGAUUGAGUUCUGUAAAGAGAUAUAACUUUUAUAAGUUAAUUAUUUUGUGUGCUAAAAUAAAUUAAAAGGUAUGUUUUGAAGUUUUAAGGAUUAUAAAUCAAAACUAUAGCUCUAAAGUAUGUGUGAUCUCAGUGUGUUGAUUGCAUUGAUUUUAUGAGUCUGGCUUACUAAUCAUUUAUUUCAGUUUCCGAGAACUCAGAUGUGAUUCAUUGUUGUUUUAACUUAGGUUAAAUAAAAGAAUAUCAGUUUCCUUUAAAGGAACAAUUGGAUGUAUAGUUCUCAUGCUCUGUGACUCUGAAAAAUAAAAUUCAGCCCCUACUUGUUUAAUGGAAAUAACUUUGUAAAUUACAACUCUACAUAUUCAAAAUAAGAAAAUGCUUAAUUGAUCAAGACAUCUUUCAUUUGUUUUCUAAGUACCACUGAGGGAAUACCAUGGCACAGCACUUUGGAUUAUGUACAAAUAUAAUUUGAAACAGAAUUUGAGCAGCCUUUGAAAAAAUGUAACUUAAAUGUAAGCAUAGGCCUUAGCUCUAAACAUAAGUAUGUAUUUCUCGGUAUCCAGAAGGGGAAAAGUAUUUUUAAAUUAUAGCCUUAGAUAAUGUACUUUUGACGGGCAAUUAUCUCUUCAGAAAUGUUUUCUAUGGACAUUCAUCUCUGUGCUAUAAGUUCUUAGGAGUUCUCAGCCAUGUCUUUUAUUCUUU